AAACCUCUUUAAGUUUACUCUUCUUCUCGUUGUUGUCUCCCUCUUUCUAAUGCUCUCUUGCAGGGGAUGAAAGCAACAAUCAGAUCUCGAACUGUUGGUGAAGUUGCUGAAUUUAGAUAUGGCGAGAGCAGGAGGAAUCACAAACGCAGUUAACGUUGGCAUCGCAGUACAAGCAGAUUGGGAGAAUCGAGAGUUCAUCUCUCACAUCUCCCUCAAUGUUCGUCGUCUCUUUGAAUUCCUCAUUCAAUUCGAAGCUACAACAAAGAGCAAAUUAGCAUCUUUAAAUGAAAAACUUGACACGUUGGAGCAUCGUCUGGAGCUGCUUGAAGUCCAAGUCGGUACCGCAUCAGCCAAUCCCUCUCUCUUCACCUGAUCUUUUUCCAGAUGAUGUUAGUAUAUGAACCUUUGAAAACCCUCUUGGAUUGCAUGGUAAUAUCUUAUUGUUUCUGGUACCCAGUUUAAAGGUAAUCAGUCCUUUUUCUGUUUCACAUUUGUCUCAAUUUGUUUUGGGAUGUAUUGUAGCUGAUUAGAUCUUGUACUAGACUUGGAACAAGUGAUAUUUGAUAUUUUGUAUCUUCAAUACCAUUAAUGACAUUUCACACACCAAGUUGAUGGA